UGUCAUAUUCCCCACCCACUCCUACACAUAAUAACCCUUAGCGGCUGUGUUGACCUCAUCUGUUCCCCAGCACCCCCACAAUAUGAUAUGGUACAGCUACAACCCAAAAUGUGGACCCUUGGGAGACUACUUGAUAGAACCUCGUUUGCUUUGAUAAUACCUCUGUUAAGAUAAUGGGAGACCCUUGGCAGGAGUGCAUGGAUUAUGCAGUAGUCCUCGCAAGACAAGCUGGAGAGAUGAUUCGUGAAGCUCUGAAAACUGAGAUGAACGUCAUGAUUAAAAGUUCUCCCGCCGACUUGGUGACCGUUACUGACCAAAAAGUUGAGAAAAUGCUCAUGUCGUCUAUAAAGGAAAAGUACCCAUAUCACGGUUUCAUUGGUGAAGAAUCUGUGGCAGCUGGGGAAAAGACAGUCUUGACAGAGCAGCCCACGUGGAUCAUUGACCCUAUUGAUGGAACGACUAACUUUGUGCAUCGGUUUCCCUUCGUGGCUGUUUCGAUUGGCUUCUUGGUGAAUAAAGAGAUGGAGUUUGGAGUUGUGUACAGCUGUGUGGAGGAUAAGAUGUACACCGGCAGGAAGGGGAAGGGCGCUUACUGUAACGGCCAGAAGCUUCAGGUCUCAAAGCAGGAAGACAUUACCAAAUCACUCUUGGUGACCGAGUUGGGCUCGUCCAGAAAGCCAGAGACUUUACGGAUUAUUCUCUCCAACAUGGAAAAGCUUUGCUCCAUCCCCAUCCAUGGAAUCCGGAGUGUGGGAACUGCCGCUGUGAACAUGUGCCUUGUGGCCACUGGAGGAGCAGAUGCCUAUUAUGAGAUGGGGAUUCACUGCUGGGACAUGGCCGGCGCUGGCAUCAUCGUCACUGAGGCGGGCGGAGUGCUGAUGGAUGUAACAGGUGAACCAUUCGAUCUGAUGUCUCGGAGAGUAAUUGCAGCAAAUAAUAUAGAAUUAGCCAAAAAAAUAGCCAAAGAAAUUGAGAUAAUACCUUUACAAAGAGACGACGAGAGUUAGUCACACAGUCCGAGUGUCCAGCUCCGUCACACUCGCUGUCCCUGGAUGUUUAAGAUGUAUAGUGUCACUGAUCUAAUUUAACCUGGAAGUCCUGAUCUUAAAAUGGAAACUUUUCUUUUUUACAGAUGACAUAUUCAAAAUUAGCUGGAACAUUUGAUUAUUGAAAGAAAAUUUGCAUGUAAUAAUAUUUUUGGGGAAAAUAUACAGGAAAUAUACUUAAUGAACUAGCCAUUGAAAUUGUCCCCAGUCCAUAUGAUCCCCUUCAACUUAAUAUACUCUUUAUAUGCACAAUUCUCAAUUAGAAAGUUUUCUUUUUGUAAGCAGCUUUCUCUCUGUUCCAGAAGCCAUAUUUGAUUAAAGCUGUAAGGCUGUAACAAGCAGGCUGUCCCUGUGCGGAGGGCCUUGGUGUUUUAUUAAUCACUGUAACAUAGCACUGGGCACAGAACCUGUCAGACAGUAGGCGCUCUAAUGUCGACACCUUGCUGUGAGUGCUCGAAGCUGCAGCUCCUGCUCCUAAUGUGUCUUAAAAAGACAACCAUUCUCCUGUUGUGUUUGAGGUAAAAGCCACCUGACUGCCCUUUUCAUAUUUCGCAUUGCUAUGCCAGUCCACAGGCCCACGCUGCCUGAGGUGGCUGUGUCUCGUGGACAUUUCUGCAGUUAGUGUACUGCUGUAUACUGUAGGCUCUGCUUCAAGCCCCUGUGCUAAGAGAUUUUCACAGACGUCCCCACGUACCUGGUGUAGUUAGUGGCAGUGUUACGUUUUACAAAUGCAGUAUUCACGCUCCGAUCCAUGCUCCGGUGUUAGCUGUGCUGACCUGGGUAUUGUGGUAUUAAUGGUGAAUUUUUUGAUUUCAUUCCAAAUUGGCUGAAUUUCAUCACUGCUAACUAGACAUUCUGUAAGGUCUUGGGCGUCUCAAGCUCAAGACAGUUUAGCGGUGAGCCCCUACUCCUUUUUAGAGGAUUAGUUCAUUGUCUGACCUUGGUCCUUGGCAUAUGAACAGACUUUUUGUUAUUAGUAUGUCUGAACCUCGCAUUUAAUAAAAUGAAGUGUUUUUGUAAGUUUCAAGGCAGUUAUCUUAUUUUUGGAUGAUUUAAUAUAUUAAAUCUAUAUAAUACUCUGAUUUGGGCACUGUAAUUACUGUAUUUAUGCUGUUAAUUACAUGCAUUUAAAACAUUAUGUACCAUGUAAAGUCUAUUACAAGACAGGUUGCUUUGCAAUUAAAUUUGUUUUAAUUAGGACUUACAAAUAACAUUUUAUUUCAUUGUAUUUAUUUAUGUAUCCCAGGCUAGCCUCAGAAUGUUGCAUAGCUGAGGAUGAACUUGAGCUUCUGAUGGUCUGGCCUUGCUCUCUUAAGUCCUGGGAUGCAGAACCACUGGCCACAGGCUAUCGCACGCAGUUUGUGUGCUGCUGGGGCCUGAGCCCAGGGCCGCGUUCUUGUUAGCCUAAGCUCUGUGCUGCCCGAGCUGUGCUCCAGCCCGUGAACACAGGUUCAAUUAAAGGUGCAAUUAAUGAUAUUUUAUCAAAGUUAAUAGUCUCCUCUCUUUUUAGGGGUUUUGAGUUUAGUUACAAAUAUUUGAAACUAAUAUUGGUUAUGAAUUUUCUCUUUUUAUAUAUAGAUUUUUCCCAAUAUAGAUAAACACUUAAUAAAUACUUUCUCUAUC